AUUUGGCCAAGGAUUUGGUGGCCCUAUUCAAGAGAGGGCAAUGAAGACAAGUGUUGACUCUAAUAAUGGCUUGAUAGCAAGAGGUGGUCAUAGUAACUUGUUGGUGAGAAGGCCCAUGCAAAUCUUCAUCUUCUUUGUUGGUUUUGUUUUGGCGUUGAUGUUCUUAUGCAACUAUACUUCUCCCUUUGGAAUUCCUAUUCUCUCAGAAUACUUCAUCACUGCCUCAACAACGGAAAAGAACGAGACGGUGCUAGAGAGUGUUCUAAGAAAAGCAUCAAUGAAGGAUAAGACAGUUAUAAUAACAAAUUUGAAUGAUGCAUGGGCAGAACCAGGUUCAAUAUUUGAUGUGUUCCUAGAGAGUUUUCGAAUUGGGAACGAGACACAACAUUUCUUAAAUCAUUUGGUGGUAAUUAAUUGGGACCAAAAGGCACAUGCACGUUGCCAAGCCAUACACCCACAUUGUUAUCAAAUUGAAUCAAAGAGUGAGAAUUUCACAGCAAGCGAAGCAUAUUUUAUGUCAAAAGAUUACCUCCACAUUGUGUGGAGAAAGAUUGAUUUUCUUUCCACUGUUCUUGAACUCGGCUACAGCUUUGUCUUUACGGAUACAGAUAUAAUGUGGCUAAGGAACCCGUUCAAACAAUUUUAUGGAGAUGCAGAUUUCCAAAGUUCUUGUGACGAUUUCAAUGGAAACUCCACGGACCUAAACAACGCUCCAAACACAGGCUUCAGCUAUGUGAAGUCUAAUGAGAGAAGCAUUUGGCUCUACAAAUUCUGGUUCAACUCAAGCAGAAUAUACCGAAGAAUGCAUGAUCAAAAUGCGUUUAACAUGAUCAAGAUGCACCCUAACAUUUCCGCCAUGAAUGUGAAGAUUAGGUUCCUAAGCACAACAUAUUUUGGAGGGUUUUGCCAACCUAGCAAGGACUUCAACCAAGUGUGCACAAUGCAUGCUAAUUGUUGCAAAGGGUUGCAGAAUAAAAUCGAUGAUCUUAAAAUCUUGCUUGAUGAUUGGAGAAAUUAUACGGCAUUGCCAGAGAAUCAGAAACAACACUACUCAAAUCAUUCUUGGAGUGUCCCAAAACAUUGCAGGUAAUGAAGUUUGGAGAAUUGCAUCACCAAUCAUUCAUAGCAAAGGAUUAAUCUAGAUUGUCAUGGCAAUUUUUUCUCGUUGGAACAUAAACUGGAUGUAAGCAAAUUGAUAAUACUAUAUAGGACACGGAGAAAAUGUUGUUCAAGUGCUACGGAUUUUUUAUAAUUUUGUUUAAAAUACAAUUGCAAAUUUCAAUAUCUUUUGGUUUAAUAUAUCUGUUAU